UUUGACCUUCAUUUCCGUGAGAAGUUAGUAGUUCUUGAGAUAUUACCCCCCAUUUUCCAACUAUUGGUUGCACAAAGUGGGCAGAGGUUUGAUGUAGUGGGAAAAUGUGGGGUAAAAGCACGCAAUAGACUGACGAAACAAAACCUAACGAAACCUAACCAGAAGGACCUGACCCAGUAUUAUUUCACUUGUUGCCAAAAAACAAAUCUCCGUUAUUUUAUAGUUGGUCAGUAAUUUUGAAAAUUCUAAGACAUUUCUUCAAUAGCACCUUUUGUGAAAAUUACGUUUAAACGAGAUAUUUAAUAUUUUAUAUGGUUGUACGUGGCGGUACACACCCAGAAGAUCAAACGACUGUGGGGCCUCCCCUUUCAGUUGGGUUAGGUUAGGGUAGUAUUAUUGUUUCGGUCAUCUGGCGAUUUUUAGGAUUUUAAGUUUGGGAAUCAGUAGUUUAAAAAAUUCUAAGAUACAUCUAUAGCGUGUCUUCUGCUCAUGAUUACUUUCAGAGAGAAUUGCAAUAAAAUUUUGGAAAAUCAUCGUAUUUUUUCUUAGUUCUUGUUGGUGUUAUCACCUUCCCAGAGAGCUCCUGUGUGAUCGUGUGUUGGUUAGUAUGCUGCAUUACGCAUGCACUAGAGUCUGACACAUACACAGUUGUUCUUUGAAAGAAUCUCGCACAUUAAUUGGUGGGUAUGAUUUUGGAUCAACCAAUCACAGGUCGGUAUAGGCCCCCCGCUGCGACCCCCUUGAAUUUGAGUUUAUUUACAAGAUGUCUCCCUUGUGCAAUGGCAGUGAUGUUAAUUACUUCCAAGCCAUUGCAAGAUAUCUCGUUGAAUAUUACGGUAAGGACAGCGAGGCAUUGAAAUUUCUCCACGAAUGCGGUGUUUUGCCAACUGAGGUAACUCGCACAAACUGUAACCAGCCCUGUAGGUAUAAUGCUGACAAACAGUGGCUAGUACGCGUACGACCUGUGGAUGACGAGGAUGAUGACCCUGAUGACCCUAACUCCUAGUCUUCCGAGUCUAAGUUUGAGGCUAAGAGAUUGGGAGUUAAUGGCUGAGCAUCACCAUGGGUGCCCCGUGUCCCCACCAGUACAUCAUAGACAAAAACUUCAGUGCCAGACUUCUAGCUGAGAAAAGAGAGAUAGCAUGUGAAUGGUGUGGUGCAGUGGAUUCAUCCCUGAGGUUGUGUUUAUACUCAGGAUGUCUUCAAGUUGGGUGUGGAGAGGGCCGUGCAGACCACUCAACCUUCCACAACAACCAGUUCCCUUCUCACUGCAUCACCUUAAAUUUAACUACCCUUCGAUCAUGGUGCUAUAUGUGUGAAAUGGAGGUAACAUCAUCUGUAAUGGCAAGUCUCAGCAUACCUCCAGGUCAACAGCAACAUUUAGGGGGACCAAUCAGUGCCCCUGGUGUGGCUGUGGCUCAGCCAAUCACACCUAGUCAGUCUAGUGCUGAAGAAGAUGAUGAGGAAGAUGAAAGUGAAGAGGUUAAGGCAAAAGGACUGGUUGGGUUGCGCAACUUGGGCUUAACUUGCUACAUGAACUCUGCCCUCCAGGCCAUGAGCAACUCUGUGCCCCUGGCUCAGUUUAUGAUUGAGUGUCCAGCUUUCCUGCGCAAUGAAAGAAAAACACCUGGCCUGGCCCGACCAUUUCAAAGAUUAAUGUUGGAGAUGUGGCAUAAAAAAAGGCCAAGUUUUGUCAUGCCCUCCUUGUUGUACCAUGGAUUUAAACAGUUGUACCCAAUGUUUCGAGGAUAUACACAACAAGAUUCUCAGGAGUUUCUUAGAUACUUUAUGGAUCAACUGCAUGAGGAACUUCGGGAGCCACGGGUAAUAUCACACGAGGAUGAAGAGAGGGAGCAUGAAGGUCAGUACAAGUUCACUACACGUCAAGACACGAUCUGUUCAUCAUUGAGCUCAACACUAGUGACACGCAGUGCAAUCUGGACGACUACUGUCCAAGAAGAAGAAGACCUAUCAACUGGGAGCGUCUCAGAGCGAGAGGAAUCUCAGUCAGAGGCAGAGUAUGAGACAUGUGACUCAGGGGUAUCAGAGCAAUCGUCAGGGUCAUCAGAUCACCAUCCCAGCAAGAGAAAGAAGCGACAGCACGUGGGGAUGGAUAUAGAAAGUGGAAUCACCCUUAGAAGUAGUAAUCGGAGUCUUCUCUUACCUGAGCACGAGACAAGUGAAUUCUCUGAUGCUGUGUCAGACACCACACUCCUCGACUCGGAGUCUGCCGGAGGCAUAUCCUCUUCCGCAUCCCCUCAGGUCCACUCCUCCAUCACAAGUGGUCUUGGGUCCAGUAAACCAUCAAUAGCAUCAAUAACUUCAUCCUAUAGAGGCAAGGUUUCCUCAAACACUGCCACUAACCCCAAUCGGAGAAGAAAGCCCCCCUCACACCGCAGCGUCAUCUCUGACAUCUUCGAUGGAACCAUUGUCAGCUCUGUGCAGUGCCUAACCUGCAAUACAAUAUCCUCCAGAAAGGAAACAUUCCAAGACUUAAGUCUACCUAUCCCCAGCAGUGACCAACUGAGUAUCCUGCAGCACUCAUCUGUCACACAGCUGCAGCAAGUAGGAGCAACCAAUAGCAGCAGUCUACACCUUGCCAAAGCAUCUUGUGAUACAGCAACAGAUGGAUGGAUGUGGUGGAUCUGGGUUUGGUUACGGUCAUGGCUUUGGGGCCCAGCAGUCUCCCUCCAUCAUUGUCUUGCAGCCUUCUUCAGUGCAGAUGAACUUAAAGGAGAUAAUAUGUAUUCUUGUGAAAAGUGUGGCAAACUACGAAAUGGGGUAAAAUAUUCAAAAGUUCUGCAACUUCCUGAGGUGCUCAUUAUUCACCUAAAGAGGUUCCGACAUGAAACAAUGUUCAGUUCAAAAAUCAGCCAAUAUGUGUCAUUCCCACUUCAUGGCUUGGAUCUCACACAGUUCCUUCAUAAAGAUUGCGCAUCUGAGGUGGUGACAUACGAUUUAUAUGCCAUCAUAUGUCACCAUGGCACAGCAGGAGGUGGUCAUUACACUGCCUACUGUCAGAACUGGAGCAAUCACCGCUGGUAUGAAUUCGAUGACCAGUAUGUUACUGAAGUCUCUCCAGAGACUGUGGCCAAAUGUGAGGCAUAUGUUUUAUUCUACAAAAAGACAAGCACAGAGAUGACAUCAAGACGCCAGAGGACUGUUGAACUCAUGCAGGUGUCAUCAAGGGAGCCUUCUCUGAUGCAAUUCUAUAUAUCCAAACAGUGGGUAAAUAAAUUCAACACUUUUUCUGAGCCGGGUCCCAUCGAUAACUACGACUUUCUGUGUCCACACGGAGGAGUACAACCACAAAAAGCAAGCUAUGUUGGAGAGCUGGUAAUGCUUCUUAAUCAAGGAGUGUGGGAAUACUUGCAUCAAGUGUUUGGUGGUGGCCCUGCUUGUACACGCUUAUAUGAGUGUGUUACCUGUAGGGCAGAACUCGAUGCCCUCUCCCACCGUCAGAAUAGUGAGCUUGAGAUGUUCUUCAAGUUGAAAAAGAUGUUCCAGGAAGAGGAGCAUCCCAACAUCGUAGCCAUCUCCAUGAGAUGGUUUCGUACAUGGGAAAGCUUUGUGCGGGGACGUGAGCAAGAACCACCAGGCCCCAUUGACAAUUCUUCCAUUUGUACAAAUAAAACUGGCCAACCCAUGCUCAAGCCAGGUUCUGACUAUGCCCAAAUAUCUGAGGAAAUGUGGGACUUUUUCCAUGAAACAUACGCAGGUGGCCCAGAAUUAUCAGUGAUGUAUGGUAAUCCACAUGGCCCAACCAGGAGAUCGGAUCGAGGUGAGGGAGCACGCCAGGAAAGCCAAAAAUCAGAGCAGCUGCAACAAGGGUCUCGAUCACUCAAUACAGACAAUCUUCCAUACGGUGCUACCUGUGCUAAUCGACAAAGAACUGUGUCUGCUGGGGAGGCUAUGAGAAUAGCUCCAACACAUUGCUUGAAGAUGACAGACUGUGAGAAAUUGCCACAGUUGUGUGAUGGCUCACCAACUGACUCAGAGCCAGCAGAUGAGAAAGAAGACACUAAAGAAGGUGAGAUUAAUGAGCAACAGUCAACCCCCAUGGAAGAGAUGUCUAGUACAAAUAAUUGUGUCAUACAGAAGCAGACUCCUGGACAUAAGCCCUCUCCUCAUCCUCUAGAUAACCAGUGAAUUGUGGUAAUGAUUAUACUUGAGGAAUUAUAGUAUUAAUGAAUGUAGUCGUUGGUUUAAAAAAAAUUUUGGCUUAUAUUUUUUGUUAUUUAGAAGAGUUGAACAUUUCAUUAUUUUAAAAGUGAGGGCAUUACAGUGAAAAACAGUACAGUAUAUACUGUAUACUGUGCAUUUAAAUGGUUGUAAUUAACAAUUGUGUUAGGAUUUUAUCACCAAAAUAAAGAGAUUUCCCCAAAAAGUCAGUAAACUAAAGGUUUUUUUUUUAAGUAAUCUAAUGUACUGGUAUGGUUUAUAAAUAGAGGAAAACUUAGAAUUUUUUUGUAAUCACAUCAUCCUUUUCAUUUAUCUUUAUAAGAAUAAUUUUUUGGUCAGGGAAGCUCGCUACUGUGUAAGCUAAUGCUGUACAGUAGUGGGAUGUGGGAACUGUAGCAUAGAAUACUGAAGUGGGUUAUGAUAUGACCACUGUAUGACCUCAUGUAUUUCAGUGUAAGGUACAAUAUUCUCGCCUCCCAAUGCAUAAGUAUCUUUUUUAAUGUUAUGGAAGGGUUACUUGCUGGCCAUUGUUCUUUUUAGAUAUAAUUUAAAGGAUGUUUGUAAGCCAUUUUACCUGGAAAAAUAUUGGUACACUAUAUACAGUGUGAGUGAAGUGAUAGGUUUCCUUGUCUGAAUAGUCUCAGGAUCCAGGAUUGAUCUGUGGUGGCAGACAGAUACUCACCAAGAUAAUCAUCAAGAUGGUUACUUGGUUAUAAGUUAUGAAUUGGAUAACUCAUUACAGGCCUCAGAACAUGCCACCUCAGGAUACAUGGGCAUUGGAGUGCUCACUUAAAUUAUGAUGCACUUACCUAUUUUUCUCUUGUAAAUGUGAUAGCUUUAUUCUCAAUUUUCCAGAUUAUAUAAUGCACCACUGUGGCACUUGUCCAUUUGUAUUUUGUGAAGUAUUGGCAAGAACAUUCAUAAAGAUUAAAAAAGGGUAAUUAAAAAUAAACAUGUUUCCUAUCCUCUUUAAAAAUAUUCAACAUUUUUCAAAAUCAAAUUAGUAUAGUAUUUCUAUUGUAGUAAUAAAAACCAAGUUAACAUUUUUAGAAAAUACUUCCAGCCUUUCAUAAACGCUGGGUGUUCUCUGGAUUUUAUCAUCACAUUUUUAUAAGUUUCAUAGAAGACAAUAUUAAAAAAAAACUAUUUUCUCCUGUUUUAUUGGUGCUUGUAAUAUUAAUAAAAUUUUGGGGGAUUUACAAAUUGACAUUUGGAGAAAAAGUUGCCAAGUAAAAAUAAAUUUCAACCAACAAGUAAAAGUAGAUGAGCACAGUAAAGAAGAACUAUUGAGAGUAGAGUAGAUCAUAAAAGCAACAAAGGAUUAGUGGUGAGACCUUAACACUGUGGAGCUUCUAACAUUCUGUUUUAUCUUAAACUGGAAGUUAUUUAAGUUCAGAUGCGUACACUGAGUCUUUUCUGUUUUUUUUGUUUUUUUUUUUAUUAUAUUCUUUGUGUAAAACUGCUGAUAUAGCCAAGUGAGCAACUACAUAUGCUACUUAAACAUACGACACAAAGUGUCAUCCUAUGUAAAGUACAUAAACUCGACCACCGGUUAAAGGGUUCGUCCACUAUUUACUCUUGUCAGUGCAACUCAAUUUUUAUGGAUGUG